AACUUGUUUUUUGUUCCACACAUGAGAAAACAGAAGAAAAUCCUCACCGUACAUGUUUCGAGUAAAUUGAUCUUGGAGACUAGUAUCAUCCCUACCAUUUAGUUUCCUAAAAGUUUGCCUUUUUGUAACAAUAUAUUGAAAAUAAGGUUCUCUAGAUUUUUCACACACAGAAGUCAGUGUGAUAUUUUUCUUUUUUUGUUAUUGAGACUUUUUAAUGCAGAGUGAUUGUGGAUGCCAUUUAUGGCAACGACUUAUUAAUUGGAUUACUUCUUAAUUAGAAAUUUUGUUAAAUAGAAGAUACCGUUUCAAGUGGAAGUGCUUUUUUAAUUAUUUUUUUUUUUUUUGAGACGAUCUCACUAAGUCCCUGAGUUGCCCAGGCUGGGCUCGAAGUUGUGAUCCUCCUGCCUCGGUCUCUUAUUAGAGUGCUGCUGGGAUUACUCUUAAUAAUGUGUGAACCGUGCUUGGCUUUCAGAAGAGUUUUCAACAUCAAAGAAGACAAAUAUUCAAGGAAUAUCUUUUGGAACGAAAACUCACUUUUGACAUAGAAGGAGAAAUUCAGAUUUCCAGUAAUAGAAUGAUGACAUCUGAGGACCAGGUCCAAGAAAGGACAGAACCUCUGAAACUUAAAACAAACAUGGCUGAUAAAGAAAAUAUCAGAAGACAUACAGAAAACAUUAAUACAACAAUGGAAAAGAAUUAUAUUCCCUUAAAAGCUUCUAAUGAAUUAACCAAUUCUCCAGCAAUUGAAACACAUAAUCUUGAGGCUGAUGAUCAAACUUUACAGUUGUUACCAGUUAACAAUGAUUCUCAAAAUCAAACUAUGACGCUAAGCCAGGCAUUUCAUCUUAAAAAAAAUCAUAAAAAAAAGCAGGUGAUUGCAGAAAAACCAAAGCAAGAUGCUAGCGUGCUCAAGAAACCUGUGCUAGGAUAUUAUCAUGGCCAAAUCGUUCAGUCUAAGGUUAAUUCAUUCAGAAAACCUCUACAAGUCAAAGAUGAGAGUUCUGCAACAAAGAAACUUUGUGCUUCUGUUUCUAAAGGCACAAAGCCUAACUCUGUAAAGACAAGCAAUGCAACAAAAAGUUAUAAAGCCUCAAAUAUGACUGCCACCACUACACUUGAGAACCUUACAUCUCAGAACACACAGCUUGUACGGCCUCCCAAUAGAAAUCACAGUAACACCCAGCACAAGGCCAAACAAGACAUUAGCAGAACCUCUGCCAAUGUUACAGUCCCAAAGAAUCCCACUGAAAAAGAACAAUUACAGUCAGAAACAGUUCUAGGAAGUGUCAAAUCCAGUUCUCAGGGCACAAAAAAUAAGGCCUUACAAUCAAAAACAGUUCUACCCGUGGUCAAAACCUCUUCUCAGGAUGUAAAAAGAAGUAAGACAUUAUCCCAAAACACAUCUGAAAAUAUAGCCAGGCCUAUUUCAUUUCCUAAUAUCAAACUGACAGAAAAGUCAAAAACUGUUGACCACCGAAGACAUACAUUAGCAAAAGCCACUGUGGAUGGAUCAGCUCAGCUCAAAGAAACUGCAAAAGAAAGAAAAGCUCAUCUGAAUGAGAGCAGAGCUGGCAAGGGAAGAGUGCUGAAGAGGCCUCCGAACCCAGUCUCUGCCCAGCCCGAGCCUGAGGGACCAAAUGCAAACCCUGUUGGAUCGUUCUGGACUACGAUGGCAGAAGAGGAUGAGCAAAGACUAUUUACUGACAAAGUGAACAAGAUAUUUUCUGAAUGCCUGAAACUCAUUCAUGAGGGAUACCCAAAAGAAGAAAUAAUGACCACACUGAAUGACGUGAUUAAAAAUAUUCCAGAUGCUAAAAAACUUGUUAAGUAUUGGAUAUGUCUUAUACGUAUUGAAUCAAUCACAAGUCCUGUUGAAAAUAUUAUCUCAAUCUAUGAGAAGGCCAUUCUUGCAGGAGCUCAGCCAAUUGAAGAGAUGCGACAGACAGUUGUGGAUAUUAUAACAAUGAAGAACCAAGAAAAAAGUAACUGUGGAAAAAACAUUGAAGAUGCUUGUAAAACCAAGGAACAAAUCCAGGAAGUCAACACUGAGGAUACAGGUGUUAAUCUAGAGCCAGGAAAACAAGAAAUGGAGAAUAAACAUAGUAGAAAUGUGGUGUUUGAAGGUUGUGAACAACAGCAAGAUGACACAAAAAAUCCAAGUGACAAUUUUAAAACCCCUGAUGCAGAAAAUAGAUCAGGUUGCUUAAUUAAAUAUAACAUAUCUACUACACCAUACUUGCAGAGCAUAAAAAAGAAGAUGCAAUUUGAUGAAACAAAUCCUGCACUUAAAGAGCUAAAGUUUCUAACACCAGUGAGACGUUCUCGACGCCUUCAAGAGAAGACUUCUAAAUUGCCAGACAUGUUAAAAGACCAUUACCCUUGUGUGUCUUCACUGGAACAGUUGUCAGAGUUAGGAGGUGAAACUGAUGCUUUUGUAUGUCGCCCGAAUGUAGCUCUGUGCCCUAUGUAUUCUGAGACUGAUACUUCAGAGGAGAAAUGAAGUUCCAGAGAGAGGAAGGUUCUUAGUAUUCCUGGGGUGUUUGUGAGGUUCACAGUUCCCUUGAACUUAGGUAAAACUUAUAUUACAUGGACAUGUUUCAAAAAAUUUUGGUAUACUUCCCUGCUUUUAAACAGAAUUCCAACAAUUCUUUUUUUGCCUUGAUUAAUGUGAAAGUCAAAAUAGAGGACUGAGAGCUAGGCAUGAUGGAGCAUGCCUGUAAUCCUAACACUCACAGGUGAGGCAGGAAGAUCAAGAGUUCAAGGCUAACCAAAACUACUUAGUGAGACCCUGUAUCAAAAACAGAACAAAACAAAACAAAAAAACUAGAACUUGGGACAGGGAAUAAAGCUCAAAAAGAGUGCAUGCUUAGUAAACCUGAAAUCCUGCAUUCAAUGCCUAGCAGCAUCAAACAAAAGAAAGUAAAAAAUUGUGCUGUGUAGAGCACCUCCCUUAAGUAUUUUACUGUGUUUAGCUUGCUUUUCCCCAUACUCAUGUUAGUCAGACUGUUGGGCUCUGAGAUAUUUCUUGAAGUGUAAGAAAAAGAUGAUGCCAAAGUUAGUGGAUACUCAAAACUUUAAUCUGAGUUUUUUCCUUUUGUUUUUUUGCAGCUUGAUUGACAGUGUUAAACUUGAAUUUUGUAUCUUCAUUUGAUAGUUUAUAAACUAAUAAGAGUUUGGGUAGGAUCUAUAUAUUUAAUGUCACUGUAGUUUAGCACUGUAAGCAAUAGUCUUUAUAAUAUAAAAAUGUCACUGUUAAAUCAUGUCCACCUAGACAUAUAUUGAAGUUUUCUUCUUCCCACAAAUAAAUACCACCAGGAAAAUUAUUUUAUAAGGUUUGAACUAAUACUUACAUGGUAUAUCAACUACAGUUUCAAAGAAGUAAAGACUAAAAGAUUAGUUUAAUUAUAUGUGAAAUAUGCAUGUAAAUACUUAGUUUUAUGUUCAUUCCAUUUGUAUUUUUAUUUAUUGUCUUAUGUUCUAAGAGUGGGACUUUUGGUCUUAAUAUGCUACCUAAUAUGUAUCCAAUAAAAAUACCCUUAUAAUGAUA